GUGGGCAGUGAGUCUCAACGUGUUGACGUCACGUGCUCCCUGUCACUACUGCCGCUGACGUGCACUGUGCUAGCAUUGUGCGGUUGCCGCAACUGUGUUGAGUCAGCGGUGACCUGGAGCGCAGGGGGUGGAGCGGCGAGCACCGACCCUGCUGCCUUCGCUACCUACCGGCCUCCGUCUUUCCUCGGUGUCUCACUUACCCGGCCGGCCUGGUGGCUUUUUGUGCCGGGCCCCGCUUCAUUACCCCGUACCGGAGGCCUCUUCCCGCAUCUCCUUUCCCCGUGUCCCAGCUGUGAGGUGGAUGUGUGCUGCCGGAGGGGCCAACAUGUCGAAGCACGAGCAGGUCCUGGUACUCGACCCGCCACACGAGCUCAAAUUCAAAGGUCCAUUUACAGAUGUUGUCACCACAAACCUAAAACUGCGGAAUCCAUCUGACAAGAAAGUAUGUUUCAAAGUUAAAACUACAGCACCACGACGCUACUGUGUAAGGCCAAACAGUGGCACUAUUGAUCCAGGAGCCACAGUAACUGUUUCAGUAAUGCUACAACCAUUUGACUAUGAUCCAAAUGAAAAGAGUAAGCACAAGUUCAUGGUGCAGACCAUUUUUGCUCCAUCAAAUAUGACAGACAUGGAAACAGUGUGGAAAGACGCUAAACCUGAUGAUCUUAUGGAUUCUAAAUUAAAGUGUGUGUUUGACAUGCCACAUGAACAUGAGAAGCCGGCACAUGAAUCUACAAAGUUGUUUACUUGUCUGCCUCCAAAGGGUAGUGCUUCAAUGGAUGACACUGAAACACGGAAGCUCAUGGAGGAGUGUAAGAGACUUCAGUCUGAGAUGAUAAAGCUGUCAGAUGAGAAUCAGCUGCUGAAAGAUGAGAGGAGGAAGGGCAGAGGAAUGCUGAAAGAUCAAGGCAACCCCAUCCCAUCACUUCUUGUUGUUAUUGCAGCAAUUUUCAUUGGUUUCUUUUUAGGAAAAUUCAUCUUGUAAAUUAAGGCAUGAAGGGUCUUCCUUUUUUUCUUUUCUUUUUUUUUUAUUUUUUCCUCCCCCCUUUUUCUCCCUUCUAAAGUUGUUUAGCUGCCAUGUCAGCUUAUGUACAGCAGCAUAUGGGCAUCGCCUGUUUCACAGUUCAAAUGAAAAAUAAAAAAACACACAACUGUUUGGCGAUGGGACAAAAGUGUGUGUUCAUAUGUCAGCAUUAAGACUUGUCACACAUUCGAUCCUUUUAUCGGGAAGAAAACUGUAAUCCAACAAUCUUUGUGGUUUUAAUAAGUUUUUUAUGUUAUUUUAAUUGUUUUAAAUUUUGUGUGUUUACUUUUUGCAACAUGGUUUCCGGAGAUUGCUAAUCUCAUUCAGGUAUAAGAUCGAGGUAUCCUGGGAUGGUGUAUUUUCAAUGUAAAUGCUAAAUCCUUUAUUUUGCAAUGUAUAUGUAAUAGCAGUUUAAUUUCUUUGUGUGAGACAGAUUUCUUUUUGUCUCCAUUAUUUCCCAUCUUAUUUACACCGAACGGAAUAAAGAAAAAAUUAAAGUCCCUUUUCCUGUUGCGUAGCAUUUACAUGUCUGUAUAAUGGAAAACCUUAAAGUUCAGUGUAUUGCACUGAUUUUGGUACUUAUGGUUUUCUUUGUGUCUAUGACAGUCACUUCUAUAGGUGCAAUGAAAGCUUGUGAAGAACCGAUCAGUAUUAAAUAAGGUACGCUGUUCUCACCCCUUCUCAUUUAACUACAGGAGCUAAUUCAAUAUGGUUUCCUGCAUUUUUUUUUUUUUUUACAGAUCUUUGCAUAGCUAUGUGAAUUAUUGGGCACCCAAAUAUUUGUUUAUUGAAAACAAAAAAACAUGGCAUAUGGAUAGGAUAUGCCAUAUUUGCUUCAUCAUGACAAUGGGAUCCCAAGUUCACAGAGGAGAGAACUAUUCACAAGCGCUCUGCAUUGUUAUUGCACUUGGCUGUUUCUGUAUCUCCCAUACAAUAUAUCAGACAUUGCCCAUGCAUGCAGAUUCAUCUCUCCACUGCUAAUGGGGGACACUCAUAUUGUGGCGGUCUCCACCAUUCAAGCAUGUAUUUUUCUAUAUGCUGUAACUUUUUAUGGUGGGGAAAACACCCUUUAAUUUAGGAUAUCUAUAAGACCCUUUUAAAGUUAAGUUUGGGUUUUACGUAUAAACAUUAGACCCAAUCUCUCACUGUUACACAGUCUGUGGCAAUUAGACCGCUCAUAUAAAAGCUCUUUCCUGCUACUGAGUAAAAUGUGUUUCGGCGGCCAAAGGGGACACGUGUAUGGUAUUCUGACUUAGACAGUCAAAUGGGAGGCAACACACAAUAUUCAUAUAGCACACAAAUUUCAGGAGCCUCCAUUGGCUCAUCACUAGGACAGACCUCUUUCAGUAGAGAGACUCCUUGUAGUCAGUUAUUCCAGGUUCUCCCUGUUCUGCAAAUCUGUCGUAUCAAAAUUGUGUGAAAUUUUCUAUAAUCAAAAAAAGGCUGCAAUAUUUUUGUACAGUGGAAUGCAUUCUGUUCCCACUGAUUUUGUAUCCUUAUCAGUGCACAUAUGAAGAAAGAAUAAGGACAUACUGAUUAGAAACACUACAACUUGUUUUUACCUCUGUCUAAUCCAGUGUCUUUUUAUUGUUAAAAAUAUACAUUCUGCAUAUUGAUAAAUAACCUAUCCUAAUUCUGACUAUUAUUUUAUGGCUUAUGUGCCUUCCCCCUCCCCUCCUUUUUGUCCAGCUUUUUCCCCUUGUGUUUCCUAUUAAGAAAUUGUGUAGUAAAAUUUAUGCAGGGAGUCAUCCGCAAAUGGGAACAUGAAUGCUGCAAGCUGUCAUUGGUUUCCUUUUUUUAAAUCCCCCCUUAUGUAUAUUUACCUAUUAACCAUGACAUUUAAGUAGAUGGUGUUACCUUCUAGCUAGCUGUGCAUUUCGUAUGGAUUAAUAGCAAAUGGACCAGGCAGGCUAAAAAUGUCUUCUGUAGCAUUCAAUGUUAAUCCUAUAGUUCGUCAGCAGAGUUAAAAAUCUAAAUGUUUGCAGCUAUUUAAUAAAAGUUUGCUACAUAACUUCAGACUUUAAUGUCCCUCACAUUUGUGAGUCUUUGCCUAUUAGAUCUUCCUGACUUUUAUAAAUGCUGUUAUGCUAAAAUCCAGCUAGGCAAGUCUACUCUGUUAUGUAACUUUCUCUUUAUAGGCUAGUGGGGGGUUAUGGGCAGACCUGGGGGACACUUUCAGCACUUUAAAACUGUGUGGCCCUUGCUUUUUAUUGUUCUAUGUGACAAUGUGACAUACAGUACAGCUCUUUGUGUUCUCUGCUAAACUGUUGAACUUCAUACACUUCUGAGACAGAAAAGAGCAUACAGACAAAUGUUUCUGCAUCAUGGGAAAGGGGUUGUCCAGCCCCACUCCAUUGUCUAUGGGCUUGGACUGGCAUAUAAAAGGAAAUAAAGGUCAUUCUCAGCUGCUCUUAUCCCCUGCAAACUCAGUCUCAAAAGUGCCCUAUAUUUGAGACAAAAGCAAGAAGCCUCUCAACCAGGACCAGAUAAGUUUGUGCUGCAAGACAACCCUAUAAAGACCCACAUUUUAUUUAAAGUCCAUUAAAUGACAAAGGGUCCUAUUAAAUGGCUAAUGGCUGUUCUGUUAGCUGCAUUCAUGCCUCCCUUAGACUAUAAUGGAGACUGAACACUUUUUCCCAACAAACCAUUGGUGCUGAUGAUUGGGACAUUCAUUGUCAUGUGGGGUCAAGGGCUUUACCUAAAGCCUCAGCAUUCUCGGUUGACCACUAUUUUAUUAUGCAUUGAACCAGCCCUUACUGUUGAAUCAAAGGAUAGUUUACGAUGGGAAUUAGCUAGCCCCCCCCCCCCCCCCCCCCACACAUACACAAUUUCACAUAGGCAAAAUGAUCAUAAUAAACAAACUUGGGUAAUCGCAAUAUCUAUAGUAAGCUGUCUUUCCUGGCAAGCAUGCACAUUUUAGUCUUCCAGAUAAGUAAGCAAUUAUUUGAUUUAUUUUAUUGUAAGGAAAGUUCAUUCUACAAUUUACUUUUUGUCACACCCCCACAGAUUUUACAAAUGGGGAUCAACUUGAAUAUACCUCAUGCUGCAUCGGUUCUGUUAUCUUUUUAGUUAGUUUGCCCUAAAAGUUGAUUGUUCCAUAAUCCUAUCCUAAAUGUAUUGGUUUAUGCACAAUUAGCAGAAUAAGGUAUUAAGUAAAUUUUUGUUUGUUUUAUUGAUCACUUAUCCACAUAAUUUUUGGCUAUUAGAAACUUGAAAUAUUACAUAUGCAUUUUACUUCUAGUCAGUUAUGAAGGAAAAGGGUAGAGAAGUUAAAGGGCCCCUAACAUGAUUGCUAAUGCACAAUCCCUUGGUUAUUGAAGUGUCUUAUGACGUCACUGUUCUAAAUGCAAAUCAGAAUUGCAUUUCUUAAAUUCAUCUGUAUACCUUCCAUACCAGGAAGCAAAGAGUGGGGACUUGUUUAGUGGGAUCCCCAUAAUGUACUGCUGUACCUUUUUAGCUAUUUGUGUCUGUCUAUUAAGUAAAGCAAACACUCUAUAGUCAAAGUAGUUUUUUUUUUUCCCCCAUUGGUGACCAAGCAACUACUGUGGGGUUACUGUGAGGAAAAUGGACAGCUGCACUUUGUUUGGACCCCAGCCGACAACACCUAUAUUUCUUUAAAGGAGAAACAUUUUUUUCAUUUCGCCUGUGCUUGGGCUGCAAAAACUAAAAAGAAAACAAAAAACUUUAACUCACCUUCCUACAUUAUCUGUUGCGCUGAUAUCUGCGUCCCAGUCCUCCAGUGCUGGUCUUCUUCCUGGUUUCUGGGCUCUGUGACUCAUACUGUGCUCAGCGUAUCGCCGGCCGCAGCGAUGUCCCGCCUUGGUCGCUGAUAGGCUGAGUGCACUGUCAUGUAAGGAGCCUGGGCCCAGCCUUCUUCCUACUCUAUCACCGGCCGAGGCGGGACAUCGCUGUGGCCGGCGAUACGCUGAGCGCAGUAUGAGUCACCGACCCCAGGAAGAAGACCAGCACUUGAAGACCGGGACACCCAUAUUGGUGGAACGUAUGAAGGAGAGUUAUUUUAGUUUUUGCAGACUGGGCACCAGGGAAAUGAAAAAUGUUUUGCUGCAGUUCUCCUUUAACCCCUGAGCUAGUGGAAUAUUAAGGUUAAAGUGUACCUGUCAUUCAAAAAAUGUUUACAUUUUGAUUUCACAUGUGAAAAGAUUUGAUAGCUCAAGGUCUCAUUGCUGAGACACCCCUGGAUCAUUAGAACUAGACUAAUAGGACUGCCUAGUGAAGUUGGAUGAAGAUUGCCACGAGUCAGGGCGAGAAGCAUGCUAUUGGGCACUUCUCUCUUCUUGUUGCAAUGAUCAUGGGGUUAUCAGCACUAAGAUCUCAACUGAUUAAAUUUUUUUACAUGUCACACAGACAUGUCAGAGGUUCAUUUACAUGACAAGGACACUAUUAAGAGCCAUCUUGUUUUAGUUUUUUUUUACUUUGAGGAGUUCUUCUUAAAAGGGUUAUUCUUAUUUUAGAAAGUUAUUCCAUAUCCUGUAGAUAGGUGAUAACUUGAGGAGAUGAGUUCCCCUUUAAAUAGUAUAAAGUGUUGUAAAAUGUACCUGCAUAGCACUCAUUUAACAAGGCAAAGUCUUAAUUUUUGCAUUUUCCUUAAUCUGUCUACUUAAUCCAUUUUUACAAAUAGUAAUCCUGUUUAUACUUCCUACUGUUUUUGUAGCUAGACAUACAUGUGUACAUCUAUCCCUUUUUGAACCUAUAUUUUCCGCCCCCUUAAUAUUAGCAGUGCCAGAAAUCAAUAUGCAGGUUUGGUUCAGCCUGAGAAUAGCCGUAAUUGGGCUGAUAUUUGAUUCCAAUGCUGUGUAUGGCAGACUAUUGCAUUUCAUUUAUCGGAAAGUUAGCUUUACACCUUAGAUAUUAGUCUUUAGAUUUUGAAGGGAUCUGUUAAGAUUCUAAUGUGUUAUGCCAACCAAUUCUCUAUUCUCUAAGCUAAUGCUUGGAUUCCCUGAAAAAUAAGGGUUUUUUUUUUUUAGAUUAUUUUACUAUACUAUUUUACCUAUUGAACUAAUAUGCCUGUUAAGCCAAGCUUAUAGUGCAUUUUUAUGGAUUGAGAAUGACAGCUGUUGGUCAAGUGACCAUUCAGAUGACUGCAGUCUAUCGUAAUUGGCCAGCUCGUGAUGAAGAUGCCUCAAUAAAGUAGAAGUUUAUAUACUAUACCAAGUAAAGACACAUUCUUAUAAAAGAUUAUGUGAGGGGCUCACCUCUUUUGGGAUGUUUUGCGUGCGUUGAUCCUGUGUGUACGAAGUAGAUGUUAUAUUUGUGGAUCGGUAUAUAGUCUACUUGGAGCAUGACUAUUCAGUAAAGUACUAUAUCUUGAUAUGUUGGGUUGCUUUAGAGAGCUGAUGCACAAUUAUGAUAUAUACUACACUACAUCCCAAUACUCAUCUUCCAACAUAAGCUUAUUCCUGUUUAAUGUAUAAUGGCUUUCAUCUAUCCUUAUUGUCUGAGGAAUGUCCUUUAUUACCCACUUUUUUUUUUCUGUCAGAAUCCUCUUCAAUCUUGUACUCCACUGCAGUUUACAUUAAGGCAUACACUUUGGAAUUUUAGGUGCUUAUGUGACCAUUGAGGUGUAUUUCACCUUUCCUUAAAUAUUUUGUAAAUUGCUCCAGUUGUUUGAUGGUGACCGUGUAAAUGCAGUCAAGUAGCAAGGAUUAAAAAUAUAUAUUGGAUGACCUCUUCAAUUGAACACACAACCGUCCAAGUUCAGAUGUGUGCUGCUCGAACCCGGACUGUUUUAUUCAUGUGGCUUCUUUAUUCUUUUUGUGAAUAGCCUAACUGGCAGCCAUACUGUACAAGACUAGAAUAUCUAGUCUUACUGUCAUACGCUAAAGGAGAAUUCAUUUCACAAAGCAAUGAAAGACUUUUGUCUUCUAUAAAUAUGUAUUGUAAUGAUUUAUGUAUUUCAAUUUCUUUGACAUUUCAGGACUACGGUCAUAUGCACAAUUUGGUUUAAAGAUUUGUUAUCAUCCCUAGGGUCCCAUGUGGAGAUUUUGCUUAAAUUUAGUGCAAAAUUGCAUCAGUCUUACAUGGGGUGCUGUAAAAUUUUGGACUGUUCCUUGAUUCAUAGUGAUCCUCUUUAAUGUUGUAUAUAAAAUGUAAUGCUCAGAAUAUUUUGCUAUCAGCAGUGUCUUUGGAAGAAGUCAACCGUACUAAAUUAUGAAAUAUUAAACUGUCUUUGUUCCUUCAAUGUC